AUGGACUUCGCCAAGAACUUGGAUACCAGUUCAAAAGAUGCACAGACUGUGCCAUCCCCCACAAAGCUAUCCAGUCAGAAACCUCUGGACCCGGAGUCUGGUGGCCCCGGCCCUGAAACACCCGGUAGGAGAUCGACCACAAGUUCCAAGAGAGAGACGUCAAGGUCUAGAAGUGCCUCCCCCCCAAGGAAAUCCAAGGCGCGACCAGAGUCUGACCGACUCCCUGUCCAGGGUACUCUGUGGACACCUGAUGCCGACACCACAGGCUCCCCACAGCCCUAUGAUAAGUCAAAUGUUGCUUCACGGGUUUCAUCUACACCAACCUCCAAGCAGCCCCAUCGUCGGCAACCCCCUACCACAUCUCGAAGCUCCACCCACGUAGAAGAGAAUGACCCAACUGAACUCAUCAAGCAACCCGAGACUCGACCCAUUUCCCAAGAUCAGCUUGUUGCCGAGGUGAAAGGCAUCUACGCCGGUUUGGUCAUGGUGGAGAGCAAAUGCAUCGAGGUUGACAACGCCCAAAACUCGCAAAAUGAUCCAACCAACAAGCUCAACAACGAGCAGUGGCAGGCCUUGAUAGCUCUCCACAGAACCCUGCUCCACGAACAUCAUGAUUUUUUCCUCGCCUCUCAACACCCUUCCGCGAGCCCGGCCCUGAGAAGAUUGGCUUCCAAAUACGCCAUGCCUGCGCGCAUGUGGCGGCACAGUAUUCAUUCGUUUCUCGAGCUCCUCAGACACCGACUCCCAGCGAGCCUGGAGCAUAUGCUCAUGUUCAUCUACCUCGCAUAUUCAAUGAUGGCCCUUCUUUAUGAGACUGUUCCGGCGUUUGAGGAUACCUGGAUUGAGUGUCUUGGUGAUCUUGGGCGCUAUAGAAUGGCCAUUGAAGAUGAUGACAUUCAGGACAGAGAAAACUGGACCGCUGUGAGCCGCCAUUGGUACUCUAAGGCUUCCGACAAGGCGCCGACUACUGGGCGGCUUUAUCACCAUUUGGCUAUUUUGGCCCGCCCCAAUGCGCUUCAGCAGCUCUAUUACUACACCAAGUCUCUUUGUGUCGCGAUCCCCUUCGGCUCUGCUCGCGAGAGUAUCAUGACUCUGUUCGACCCAGUUCUGGCUCCAACGCCCAAUCAGCAACAAUCCAGACUCUCAGUUGCCGAGUUCACAUUUAUCAAGGUUCAUGCCAUCAUGUUUAGCGGGAAGCAAAAGGACAAGCUGCACCCAACCAUGGACGACUUCCUCCAGUCUCUGGACAGCCAAAUCACUCGUUCCAGUCGCAAAUGGCUCAAGGCCGGAUAUCACAUGGGAAUCGUAAAUUGCUGUGCGGUAGUCGGCUAUGGCAAUGAAGCUAACCCAAUCAUGAAAGCCAUGAAGCAAAGCCGUACUGCUGAUGAAGAACCUCAAGACCAGCCGAUGCAGGAUAGCGACCUUGAUUCUCCAGUCCCAGAAGAUCUGGCCAACGCCCUCAAACUCUUUUCUCGAACACACGAUAUUGUGUCACGCCGGGAUGCCGACCCUAACGUUCUUCCGUUUCUUCACGUUACUCUCGUUUUUAUAUAUCAUCUUACGUUCUAUCCGGAAGUUAUCCGCUAUGUGGCACCGGAAUUUCCUUGGAAGGGGACUGCGUCGAUGAUGAACACGUUGCUUGGCUUUUUCAAGAACUAUGAUCGUGUUGAGGGCAGCGCUCUGCCCAAAUCCGAGCCCCAGAGACCAUUGCCGGAGGAUUAUGCCAUGCGGGGACUUGCUUGGGCGGACAGAGUGUCUCCCAGCGAUUGCUUUUCAAACGAGAAGAUUGAUGAUGACGGGAAGUAUUUUGAAGUUGCUUCCAUGGCAGAAAAGCGCAAGGAGCGUGUGUUGUGGUUGGGACACAUGAUUGCCACUUCCAGUGACAAAUGGCUGCGAUACAACCCAUCGACUCAUGAGUUCAGCGUUGCCCCAGAAUAUGAGACCGAGGCGAAGGUGGCGCCGAUGACCCUAGUUGAGAGCGUCGAUAUGGGAGGAGAGCUCCCUGAUGCUGCUGCUGUCGCCGCUUGA